CAACAAAGCAGUUUGUCUUUAAGAAGAUAUUAAAAAUGUUUCUCUUAACUGUAUUAGCUUGCAUUUCUCUCAGCCAGGCCAGUCAUCUCCUCUAUAAUGCUUAUCCUUACGCCCGUCCUUAUCAAGCUGGAUACUACGUCAGAGAGCCUCAUCGCCACGAGCACGCUGAAGUAGUUAGAGACCACGGAGGUGCAGUUGCAGGUCGCUACGGUUACCUCGACGCCAGUGGAAUUGGACGACAGGUCCAUUACGUCGCUGACCACGCCGGGCUUAGGGCUAAAGUACACACCAAUGAACCAGCAGUCGUCCGCAACGCACCACUCGCCGCUGGUAUUGUCUCUGAUGGUCUUCUCGCUCGUGGUGUAGCUGCUGCAGUUCCUUCCUAUAAUCCAGCCCUCGGUUACGAUUAUGGAUUGAAUCCAUAUGGUUUGGCAUACAACAGAUUGGGUCUUGGAUACGGCUAUGGAAGUGCUUUGGGAUACACUGGUCUUCUGGGCAGCUAUCCAAGUCUCUAUGCUUAAUUUUUUUAGUUUUUAAUCAAAACGAAUUUGAUUGCAUCAAUAUAAAAAUUGAUGAUUAGUACCUUGAAAUUCUGAAUCUCAUUUUCUUUUUACAUUCUAACUUUCUUAAAAUGUUUUUUUUUUUUAUUUCUUUAGUC